GGGAUUUCCCGCAGAAUGCUGCUGAAUAAGCUAUUAUUGCAAAUCGCUGAUAACGCUGAUAAGCAUUUUAGGGCGUUAUCACAGUGCGUGUCUGAACAAAGGAAGUGUCGGGAAUUGUGAAAUUAGAAGCUGAAUUGUGCCAAUACAGAUAUCAUUUGAAGAGGAAAAGCUGCGGAAUGGAAGGCUCGAGUUCGCAAGACAAGAGAAAAGAUCAGGAAUCUUCCCAGGAUCACGUUGUGCGCGCAAGCAAGAAAAUGUGGUUAUAUCGGGAGAAUGAGACGCUUUGCGACGUGAUUCUGAUCGCUGGAGAAGAUAAGCAGAGAAUCUCAGCUCAUCGUAAUGUCCUGUCAGCGGCUUCUGAUUACUUCGAAGCAAUGUUCACGCGAGACUUCCGGGAGACUCGGGAAGAAGAAGUGAUUCUGAACGAGAUUCCCGGAGACGAUCUUCGGCGUCUGGUGAAGUUCUGCUACACAGGAGAAUUAGAACUGAGCGAGGAAAGUUCUGUGGAAUCCGUGAAGACGCUCAUGAGCUCGGCAAAUCUCCUUCAAUUGAAAAGCGUGGUAAAAGAUUGCGGUGCUUUCCUGGAACGUCAUCUCAGUCCCUCAAACUGCCUGGCAAUCGCUGUGUUUGCCGAUCAGUACAGUUGUGACGCUCUUCUUGAAGCGGCAAGGAAGUACGCAAACCAGCAUUUUCUCGAAGUGUGCAAGAAGCAGGAGUUCCUUCAGAUCUCCGCCGAGCAACUGGGCAAAUUGCUGGCCAGCGAUGAUCUCAACGUGCCAUCUGAGGAAGACGUCUUCCGUGCGUUGCUGGCGUGGUUUCAGCACGAUUCCGAGAAGCGGAAGGUUUACAUUCCCGGUCUUUUGGUGCUCAUUCCACUUCACCAUCUUUCUGCCGAGGUUAUCAUCGAUCAGGUGAAGCCGCUGUGCGAGAGCACGAAUUGCCUGGAUUUGGCGAUGAAAGCUUUUGAGUGGAAACUCAUUCCGGAACGCCGUGAUCUGAUGCCCAACCAGAAGUCUCGUCGAUCAGGAAAAGGAAAGUUGUUGGCUGUGACUAUGGGUAGUUCCAGGAAUUAUUAUGGCCUCAGAUCGUAUUGUCCUGAAACCAAGCAGUGGACACUUGAGACGGAAUUUGGGAUCAGUCGGAAUAAUUGUAUAACAGUUCUUGCGAACAACAAUAUAAUUUUCAUUGGAGGGUAUAAAGAUGAUGAAGAUUCAAAGAAAGUGGACAGUUUUGAUAUCAAAACCAAGACACUAAAAUCCCUCUCACCGAUGAAUUACAGUCGCUUUUACAUCUGUGCUGCAGUUCUGGAUGGAUUUCUCUAUGUGUUUGGUGGCGAAGAUAGUAAAAACAGUUUCCUGAACACAGUGGAGCGAUUGGAUCUGAGCAACGGAAUCUGGAACAUGGAAACUCCGAUGCAGACUAAGCGAUACAGCGCUGGAGCCGCAGCCUUCGAAGGACAAUUGUUCGUGAUCGGCGGAAUCACUGAGGAGAAACGAUGUCUUAAUUCUGUUCAGUGUUACGAUCCGCAA